AUGACCAGUCAGCCAAGGCUGCCGGCCUGUGACCCCUGCAGAGCAUCCAAAUUGGCCUGCGACCAUGUCAGGCCUGUGUGUGGCCGCUGCCGUGCAAAAGCCCAAGGCUCAAGCUGUGAAUACCGGCAAAGGCCGUUCAAGAAAACAAGGCGGACAAUUGGCGGCGGCCCUUCUCCCCAGAUCAAUAAGAAUGACCAAACGGUCCAUAGGCGCCGCUCCGAGACCGUUUCAAGCUCUUCCACACCAGUUAGUGGACCGUUGCAGAAGCCAAACCGGUAUCCGAACCCUGGCUACCUUGGGUCAUCCAGUUACACAACCCUGUUCGGCCAGCUGCCUCUUGGAGGAGGAAACUCUGCAGAUGGAGAUGGCUUCAAUGCGACACCCAAAAAUGGGACAAUCUCCGAGGCCAUGGUGAAUGAGGCUCAAGUGUCCCAUGGAGCCGAGCUUAUUGAGCAGCUUCACCGGUUUCCUCACAUUCCGGCCUGCGUUAGACUUGUGAAGGGAUGGCUUGCCACCGGUGCUAACCUGGCCCUCACUGAGUCGUUCACAGAACAAUGCGCUGAAUCUGCCGAGCUGAUUCUCACUGGAGCUCAACUGGGUUCGAGAACAGCCAUCGAGGUGUCCCGCGACCUUUUCACUCAUUCAUGCCAGCCGCUUAUUGUGAAUUCGUCCACGACUAUUGAAGACUUUACGGCCCAGUUUACCAACGACAACUCAAGAUGGGAGAGUCUCUGCCUAUUUUUUAUGUCGGUAUCCAGAGCUGCUCUCACAUUUCGCAGUCACAAUCCCCCCUUUGAUUCGGAGAAGCAGCGGAGAAACCUGCGCAGGCUGUCAAUGUACUAUGCCGAUCGAUGCCUUGACAUGUCUCUCAUGCUCGACUGCUUGAACGACUUACAGCUUAUGCUCCAAUACGAGAACUUUAUUCUACAUACUCUCAUUGAUGGCGAUCAAAGCUUUGAGGCCUGGAGAAGGCUGGGUGACGUCGCCAGCUCCUUAUUUGCGCUCGGCUACCAUCAGGACACCCACGGCGGCAGCUCAAUACCGGAAUUUCUGAAAGCUCUUCGGAGUUCCACGUUUGCCGUCUCCUAUUCCGCCGAUAAAAAUGUCUCCAUCUUCCUCGGACGCCCUCCACGCAUUAACCAAAAGUUUUGCCAAUUUAGUCGCACCGGACCUGAUUCUUAUUUCUCUCAUGAGUGGCCGCCGGAUGCGAAAUUCGACUCAAAGGCAGAAUCGCGGUGGGCGGCAAUAUGUGCAGUUCUCAAAGAGGAUAUCCUUGAUAUCUCGGGAGAGAAAAAACAAGAAGACAAGAUUCGCAGAGCUAGUGUCAUCAAAGCUGAGGCCGAUCUGCAAUGGGAAUCUUUGCCGGCUCACUUCAAACUAGAAGGGCCCAUGAAAUCGCAAGAUUGCAGCCCUGUAGAGCUGGAUAAGUUGCUGGGUACAAAACUCAACUACCUUCACGUUCUAUUUUUACUUCGGCAAGCAUUACGCCGUCGGACUUCCGAUUGGGACCCCGAGCUGAACUCUGUCGCUGGGCAGAUGCUGAGUUUGGUAGUGGAAGCGUUGAUGUUGAGAGAAGGCCUUGUAAACUCUGGGACCUCGUUAGUGUGGAAGGUUGUAUAUUAUGGACUUGCCGCCGCGGGUGUGAUUUGUCUCGCACUCCUGCAACAAGGCCCGGCUACAGACUGCGCCGAAAUGGAUACCUCCAAAGUGUUCCGGGAACUAGCGGUCCUCGUUUCCGAGGUCGAACUUGGCACGCUGGUCUACAAAGAAGAUGCUAAUUACGCAUUGCUAGCCGGGGCCACGAGCACUAUCAAAAAUCUCAUCGACAGGCUCUCCUCUGGAAGGUUUGAUCAGUUUCGGGCAACGCAGAGCAAUUUCGAGGCGGCAGCAGAGAAUGCAUCGCCAGUAGAGGGAGAAACCUGGAAUCCCUGGGGAAGCGCAAGCGUUCAGGAUUUCGAGUCCAAUUUCUGGCUUACCCUAGCCGAGCACCCGUUCUUGAUGAGUGAAGAGUUUGGUGGGUAA